AUGGAGAACUGGUUCUUGAUCAUCAUCAUGGUGGUGGUAGGGCUGCUCACCAUGGCAUCCUCCGUCUACCUCCUCAUAGCCUUCCAACACCCGGAGGACCGGAACCAGGCAUGGUUCCCCAAGAUCGUGGUCUGCCUGGGCAUUUGCUUGGCCAUAUGGACCGUGCUCCUUUUCCCCUUGGAUGUAGCGAAUGUCCACGCCUGUUCUGCGGACCUGCCGCUGGCGGACUGCAGCACCACGCUGCCGAUGGACAUCCUGUGGUAUGCGAUAUACGUUGCCAUCGUCGUCAUGGCAUUCGCCGUCAUCCCCUUUGCCCUCUUCUACUAUGAAGGAGACAGCGAGUGGUCCAUGGGCCGCCGGAUCCUGAGUGCCGUCCUGUGGUCGAUCGGCACAUUCAUCUGUAUCGUCCUUAUCAUCGUCAUUCCCUAUGUCACGAUCGGGUAUGUCAAGUAUCCUGUACAAUCUGCGUGGUCUGGCAUGCUGCCUGUCAGCUACACGUCGAGCGCAACCAUGAACACCUGCAUCGGCCUCUUUGCUGACUACAAUGUGAACGCUCCCUCGGGUCCGCCUGCUGUCAACAACACCAUCGCCUUUGUCGGCAUCAAUUGCAACACGCUGUCCAACGGCCUGUCCGAGGUGUGGACGCUCCGAACCUCGUUCAUCAUGUACGUGAUGGCCAUGGUCUCCACCAUCGGCUGGUUCCUCUUCAUGGUCUUUGGCGCGGUGGGCCUGGUCAGCCUGCCUCUGGACUUUAUUCGCGAGUUCCUGGGCCGGCCCAGGAAGGUCAUCACGCGCUCCCAGUACAUCGAGCGCGCCGCCGACCUGGGCCGGCGCGCCCAGGAGAUCAAGCUGAUCGCGGAGGUGCUGCAGAAGGAAGAGCGGGAACGGGGCCGCAGCUGGAAAUGGCGGCGCAACACGCGUGCCCUGGGCAAUCAGAUGAUCGUGCUGGAGGAGGACGCGGUGCAGCUGGAGCUGGUCUACCCCCAGGGGGAGGACCCGGAGUACAAGUGGGUGUGGAUGAUCAUGAAGUACUGGCUGAAGCUGGUGGUUGGCAUCCUGAGCAUCGGCGUCACUAUCUCCUGGAUUCUGCAGAUCAUCCUGUACAUCCUCAUCUCCCCACCCGUCUCCCCGCUCCUGAACACCGCCUUCACCAAGGCGGAUGCAGUGUUCCCCCUCUUUGGCACGCUGCUCUUUGCCCUGUGGGCCUUCUACCUGCAGGCGGCGGUCAUCAAGGGCAACUUCAAGUUCGGGCUGAAUCUCUUGCUCUUCAGGGGGGAGGACCCGGAGUACAAGUGGGUGUGGAUGAUCAUGAAGUACUGGCUGAAGCUGGUGGUUGGCAUCCUGAGCAUCGGCGUCACUAUCUCCUGGAUUCUGCAGAUCAUCCUGUACAUCCUCAUCUCCCCACCCGUCUCCCCGCUCCUGAACACCGCCUUCACCAAGGCGGAUGCAGUGUUCCCCCUCUUUGGCACGCUGCUCUUUGCCCUGUGGGCCUUCUACCUGCAGGCGGCGGUCAUCAAGGGCAACUUCAAGUUCGGGCUGAAUCUCUUGCUCUUCAGGGUGCACCCCAUGCGGCGCGGCGCGACUUUCAUGUCCUCGUUCCUCUUCAACAUCGCGCUCCUGCUGCUGGCCUCCACCGCCGCCGUCCAGUUCUGCUCCGAGGCCUUUGCGCUGUACGCGGAGAACUCGGACAUCCUCAACAUCUUUGGCGCGCAGCUGACCAGCCUGCAGGGCCUGUCCUGGCUGUACAACAACUCCAUCUUCAUCUAUAUCCUGCUGGGCAUGACCCUGCUCACCCUCAUCUACCGUAUGCCGGCCAUGGUCGAGCAGGCGCGGCGCGCCUUAGGGCGGCUGCAGUGA